GCCGUAGGUGCACAGACUCACGCGUCUCAGCUGCUGAGUGCUGCUCCUACAAGUCCUAUUUUGCAUCCAGUGCUGAAUGCCGCAGUGCAUGUAAGGCCUUCAUAGCAUCAUAUCGUCUCUGCACAGCACGUGCAGUGCACACUGUUUCUCACUGUGCUAGAACUGCUUAGAACUUCAUUUUUGUGAUUUUUUAAAGUGUUGACUGUCACUGAUUAAAAUGCAGCACAGUUUUAAGGAUCGAUGAAAUGUGUGCCAAGAUGAUCGUUGAUAAAUCUUGAAGACUUGGUUCGUUGUUCUGUUUUUCGUGGGAAUUAUAUUCUGUGAGCGGCCUGAGUUAUUGACAAAGAAGAACGCCACGUCCACCUUCCUGCAUGAUAAUCGCGAAUAAUAUCAGGAUGAAUCAACUGUGCAAGGUCUGUUCGGAGCCCGCUGCAGGGUUCCACUUCGGUGCCUUCACAUGCGAAGGCUGCAAGUCGUUCUUCGGAAGAACGUACAACAACCUUUCCCAAAUACACGAAUGCAAGAACGGAGGACAAUGCGUAAUUAACAAACAAAACAGAACGUCUUGCAAAGCUUGCCGCCUCCGCAAAUGUCUCUACGUGGGAAUGUCGAAAAGUGGAUCAAGAUACGGGCGAAGGUCAAAUUGGUUCAAAAUACACUGCGCUCUGCAAGAACAAGCAGCUAGCAUGGGAAGAAGCUUAGACAACGCAAGCAGCCUAAAUCUUCAACUGAAUGCAGCAAGAGAAAACAUAGCAAGAUUAUCGCCCGGUACAUGUGGUGAAGAGGAAGGAAAGCUCGGCUCCCCGGCACUAUCUUCCCCCGACAGCAACAUAUCCGACACAAGCGUCGAUGUUGAGCUAAGAAGAAACAUCUCUGGCACCGCCGGUCAAACUCCACAUUCGCAAUUAACGCUUGCGCAACAUGAGUCUCUGGUAGCACGGGUACUCGCUAAACGGACGGAUUCUGCUUUAGCAAGUGUGGGUGGACGCAGUCUAGAACCUCCUGUCCCAGGGACAGACUUCGUAGCUGGUCUUUCUUUGUACGGUAUUCAUUCCAGUUUCUCAUUAUUGCAGGCUUCACAGCUUUACCAACGACUUUACCCGCCUCUGAUGUACCCAGGAAUUCGCCCAGUUUUAGAACCCAUCCACUCUCUGCAGGAACUUCCAUCACCGACCCAAAUUAAAUCCAUGCCUAUUAAAUCUUCUUCCAAUCCACCAUCACCUGCCAGUUCUCUCCCUCCCCCGUCGACCAAAAGGGAGCAGUUAUCUAAUCCAUCGUCCCCUCAAUCUUUACCUGCUCGUCCUUUCUCAGAUCGGGCGAUACAUUCGCCAUCCUCUUCAUCUUCUUCUCCGUCUCCUCCCCUAAUAUCAAGGAAGAGAACCGCAGACUCUCCUCCGGAGCAAGAUGCACCAAUCGACCUGAGUGUCAAACGGCCUCGGUUUGCUUCAAGUACUUCAGUUCCUCUGCCAGAUCUCACGCCUAUACCCAUGCCUUUCAAUUUUUUACACCUAGCGAUGCCAUCCACUUCAACGUCCCCAGCGGUGCCCGUUGAUCUCACGUCAAAUGCUUAAUGGGCAAAUUUUUUACAGACCUGACGGUUCUUUCAGAACCACUUUGCAUAUUGAAAAUACUCAUCUAAUCACUCGACGUUGUUGAACCACUAAAAAAAUUUUUAAGAGGUAAUAGCUACAGCUGAUGUAAUAAAAUUGAA